AUGUGUGAUCAAAACAUCGCUUCUACUCAGAGCAUUGCGGACUAUCUUGCUCAGUUAUUAAAGGAUAGAAAACAGCUCGCAGCGUUUCCCAAUGUUUUCAUCCACGUAGAACGACUUCUAGACGAAGAAAUAGCAAAAGUACGGGCCAGUUUAUUUCAAAUAAAUGGAGUAAAGAAAGAGCCACUUGUAUUACCAGAUCCCGAUGGACCAGUUACGACACUUACAGAGAAAGUAUAUGUACCAGUAAAAGAGCAUCCAGAUUUCAACUUCGUAGGGAGGAUUCUAGGGCCACGAGGCAUGACAGCCAAACAACUAGAACAAGAAACUGGCUGCAAAAUAAUGGUCAGAGGGAAGGGCUCGAUGAGGGACAAAAAGAAGGAAGAUCAAAAUAGAGGUAAACCGAACUGGGAGCACCUUUCAGAUGAACUGCACGUCCUUCUCACAGUCGAAGACACAGAAAACAGGGCCCAAGUGAAGUUGCAAAGGGCCGUAGAUGAAGUCAGAAAACUUUUGGUACCUCAAGCCGAUGGUGAAGAUGAACUGAAAAAAAGGCAGUUGAUGGAACUAGCUAUAAUAAAUGGAACAUACAGAGACUCCACAUCGAAAGCGGCGGCAGUAGCAGAAUUUUUGAUUCCAGCCUGCGACGAAGAAUGGAGGCGGUUGGCGGCAUCCGCCGUUGAAACCCAGCGUCUGCUCUCACCCGCCAUUCCCGGCCUAACCACGCAAAUGAGGACUCCAACAGCACCCCUGGGCGCGCCUCUCAUUCUAUCUCCCAGAAUGUCGGUGCCCACGACGGCAGCCUCCAUCCUGAACGGAUCUGCGCCACCCGGAUCGCUCCUCUCUCCCGGAGACCCGCACGGACUCAUUUAUGCCCCUUAUGCAGACUACACGAAUUACGCCGCCCUCGCAGCGUCACCUCUCUUAACGGAAUACACCACUGCUGAUCAUUCGGGUGCGGCAGCUGCGGCUGCGAAACAGCGACGAUUGGGACAAAUUAGGGAACAUCCCUAUCAGAGAGCGGGUGCGCUCUCCUAA